CUCAAUCAGUUCUGAAAAGACUCAAAUCUUGGCUGAAUUAGAGAAAAUUAAAGAGGAACGGCAACAUAUAGAGGAAGAAUGCCUUGAACUCAAAGCCGAACUGAAAAAAAUAGUUGAAGAACGUGACACCUUAGCUGGGUUGAUUAAUAUAAUGAAAGUAAAAUGGGAGAAAGAAUACCAAAAUCUUCAGGCAAAAUAUCAAGAAUCAGAGCUUAAUAUAACAUUGUUAGAAUCUCGAGUAAUGGAAUUACAGCAAGAACAUGUAAGAACACAAAGCGAACUAUAUGAACUUAGAAGUUCUCGAGAAGUAGAAUCGGAAAAACUGCAAGCAGUCGAGAACCAAAAGGCCGCUUUGUCAAAGUUUUUUGAGGAUCAACAGAAUGGUGUUCAGAUGAUGAUGAAAGGGAUAGCCGCUGAAAGGGAAGCUUGGCAACGGAAAGAAACAGAACUUGUAGAACAACAAUUAAUCAUACAAGAAACAAUGAAAAGAAAAGAGACCGAAGUUGAUGCAUUACGUAAAGAAUUAGAGAAUGUAUUAGCAGACAAAAGAGCAAUAAAACAAAAAUUAAUAGAUGCUGGUAAAGAAAAUGUUGAAGCAAAUGGACGAAUUCGAGAAUUGGAAGCAGAAAAAAAACGGAAUGAGAAUGAGUUAGCAAAAUUGAAGAAUGUAGAAGGGAAAUUUUCAAUUCAAUUAGGAGAUUCCAAGAAACAGAUUGAAAAACAUAAAGCACAAAUAUUGACACUUACGAAAAAAGUAGCAGAAGCCGAAACAGAAAAAAGAAAGAUAAUACAAGCAUUUGAAAAAACGAUGGCAACAACCGAAAGAAAUAGUGUCUAUUUAAAGAAUGAACUUGAUUUAAUGAAACAAGAAAAGGAAAAUCUCAUUCGCAAUAAAUUUCAUGAAAAGGAAAAGCUUAUGAGCAAAAAAUUUCACGGAAGUUCGUUUUUAACGCAGUUUGGAAUCAGCGAAGAACCAAUUAUUGAUGGUAAUGAUAAAAUUGACAUAUUAGAACAACGGGUAGUUGAAUUAGAAAACUCGUUGAAAACAUCAAAUUUAGAAUGUGAUCGAUUGAGAGAAACGCUGGCAGAUGUACAAUUCAAGUAUUUGGAUACAAUAAAUGACAAAGAUCAAUUAAUACUAACGAAACGUGAACUAGAUAAAAAGGUUAAAGCACUAAAUGAUCAGUUAGAAGAUGUGUUGGCAAAAAAUGUAGAAUUGGUGACUCAGAUGUCUUCAAGAUAA